CCACUACCUGAAUCAGUUGUUUUUUAAUGGAAGAUGUCAAAGUGCUUGCUUCUCUAGCUUCCCUCUUUCUGUGUUAUUGGGUGCUUCUUGUAGAGGGCACUGAUAGCCUUCUCUCUCCAAAGGGUGUCAACUAUGAAGUGAGAGAUUUUUGUUUGGUUGUUAUCAGUGGCUGCUUUGAUGUCCAUGAAGAGUAAGAUGUAUGACGAGUUUCAUGUUAUGCAUGAUUGGGAUAUUAAUUCGGUUGACCCCUGCACUUGGUACAUGGUUGGUUGCUCCGCCGAGGGUUAUGUCAUUUCCCUGGAAAUGGCCAGUGCUGGUUUAUCCGGGACGAUUUCCUCAGGAAUUGGAAAUUUGAGCCACCUUCAUACAUUGUUAUUGCAGAACAAUAAGUUAUCUGGUCCUAUUCCGACAGAGAUAGGAAAGCUUUUAGAGCUUCAAACCCUUGACCUUUCUGGUAACCAGCUAGAUGGAGAAAUUCCUAAUUCAUUGGGCUUUUUGACUCAACUUAGUUACCUGCGGCUCAACAAAAAUAAACUAUCUGGACAGAUCCCUCAGCUUGUUGCUAAUCUCACAGACCUUUCAUUCUUGGAUUUGUCAUUCAAUAACCUCAGUGGUCCCACUCCACAAAUUUUAGCGAAAGGUUAUAGUAUUUCAGGGAACAACUUCCUCUGCACCUCUUCUUCUCAAAUUUGUAUGGGAUUCUCAAAACCAGUUAAUGAUACAGGGUCAUCUCAGUCGACUGGUGGUCAUCACCAAAGGGUGCUUGCUGUUGUUAUUGGCUUCAGUUGCACAUUUGUAAUUUCGGUGGUGCUUCUUGUAUUUUGGUUGCAUUGGUACAGAUCAAACAUUCUGUACACAUCUUAUGUGGAGCAAGAUUGUGAAUUUGAUAUUGGCCAUCUGAAGAGGUUCUCCUUCCGUGAAUUGCAAAUUGCUACUGGAAGUUUCAAUUCAAAAAACAUCCUAGGGCAAGGCGGUUUUGGUGUUGUCUACAAAGGAUGUCUUGCGAAUAAAAUGUUAGUGGCAGUAAAGAGGUUGAAAGAUCCCAACUAUACCGGAGAAGUACAGUUUCAAACAGAAGUUGAGAUGAUUGGCUUGGCAGUGCAUCGAAACCUCUUGCGCCUUUAUGGAUUCUGUAUGACACCGGAUGAAAGGUUACUUGUUUAUCCUUACAUGCCCAAUGGCAGUGUUGCUGAUCGCUUGAGAGAGACUUGCCGUGAAAAGCCAUCAUUGGACUGGAACAGGCGAAUGCGCGUUGCUCUUGGGACAGCACGCGGGCUUCUAUACUUGCAUGAACAAUGCAAUCCAAAAAUAAUCCACAGGGAUGUUAAGGCCGCAAACAUUUUAUUAGAUGAAAGUUUUGAAGCUGUGGUGGGGGAUUUUGGUCUUGCCAAGCUCUUAGAUCAAAGGGAUUCACAUGUAACCACUGCAGUACGAGGGACAGUAGGUCACAUUGCUCCAGAAUAUCUCUCAACUGGACAGUCAUCUGAAAAAACAGAUGUUUUUGGAUUUGGCAUAUUACUUUUGGAACUCAUAACCGGACAUAAGGCACUUGAUGCGGGAAAUGCUCAGGUCCAAAAGGGAAUGAUUCUUGAUUGGGUUAGAACCUUAUAUGAGGAGAAACGGGUGGAAGUGUUAGUGGAUAGGGAUCUGAGGGGAUGUUUUGAUCCUGUAGAGUUGGAGAAAGCAGUGGAUUUGUCUCUACAGUGUACUCAGUCACUUCCCACUUUGCGGCCAAAGAUGUCAGAAGUUCUGAAGAUUCUAGAAGGUCUGGUGGGACAGUCAAUGCGGGCAGAGGAGUCACAAGGGGUGACUAACCUGUACGGUGAAAGGACUUGCAGUUUCUCACAAAAUUAUAGUGAUGUUCACGAAGAACCUUCCUUUAUUAUCGAAGCCAUUGAGCUCUCUGGACCUCGCUGACACCAGGUCUUGUCCUUUCAUGUACAUGUCUUUUUGCUUUUUAUCAAUACGGAAAACCCAUAGGAAUAUAUUGAUUUCUCCCUCAGUUCCUUUUAUCCUUAGGUUUUUUCAACAUUUAACUUAGUUCUAAAUGAUUAUAUUCCCCAGAAUAUUUAGGCAUCUUUUCAGUCAAUCUAUAAUUGUGACAUUUCUCUAGUUCGUAAUUUGUGAAUCUGCCUUUAGGCAGUGAAGUUGUAAAUAAAAAAUCUUGAAAAGGGUUUAUCCAUGGAAAAAUUGUUUACCCGUGAAAAAUUAUGAUAGCAUGUUGUUUGGGGCAGAA